ACACUGCGUCCACGUCCACGUCCACGUUCAUUGACCAUGAGAGUUGUUGAUCAUGGGCUGGAGAGAUAUUCUUCGUCCUAUUAGGGACGGCUUGAGAGACAAUUUGCCAUCAAAACAACCCCAUGACAAUCCGGAGAAGAACGUCCGCCGCCAACAAGACCUUCUCAAAGGAUUCACCUACUUUGACUCGUUCCAAGACAUCGAUAACUGGCAUCCUGACCAAGCAUACUCCUUUCAACGUGCAAACACUCCUCUACUUCCUCGAUCUGGCUCCACUGUAGUCAAAGGCAAAAGCAACAUCACUCUUAUACACGACUUUUCUGGCAAUUACCACGAUUAUGAAAACGUCCAUGGCUCCUUCGUAGAUCAACCUUCGUACAGUGGUGAAUACAUGCAGUCCAUAGACGCUUUUGUGUACUUCUCUCACAAGCUGGUCUGUGUUCCUCCGCCAUCCUGGACAAACACUUUGCAUCGCAACGGAGUCAAGGCAUUGGGUACAUUUCUAGUAGAACCGCAAUCUGUGGGCAUCUCGAAGAUUCUACACAGGUCUUUGGCAGACAAUCAGACAUGGGAGUAUGCAUUAGCAACCCAGCUUACUCAUAUCGCUCGUUUCUAUGGAUUCGACGGUUGGCUAAUUAACAUAGAGAAGACCUUCCCUAUCGCUGACUGGAGUCUCCAAUGUCUGCAGGGGUUUCUAGAACAGUUGAGAUCAUCCUUCGACGACGGAUGUGUCAUUUGGUACGACUCACUUACAUGCAAGAAUACUAUCAACUACCAGAAUGGAUUGACGGAGCAAAAUAUUCUGCUAGCGAAAGCUGCUGGCUCCAUACUCACAAAUUAUGUGUGGACUGCAGAAUCAGCUGCUAGGUCCAAAGCUUUCGCGCUGCAGAAUGGGUUCGAUCCUGUAAAGGUUCUUUGCGGCAUUGAUGUUUGGGCUCAAAGCUCGGAAGGCCCAGGUCGAUUGAGAGUGACCUACCCCAAGGAGAUAGGAGGAGGCACCGGCACUGGUUUAGGUGUCGCAAAAUUGGCCGAGGUUGGGCUUGGUUCUGGUCUCUUUGCUCCAGCCUGGCCGUAUGAGCAUUUCCCCUCUCAAUCAGACUCGGAGGCCGUCGAGAGGUCUAUGUGGACUGGAAAUCCUUUGCCAGAGACCUUGCGCUGCAGCUGUACCGUGAGGGAUCGUCACUCCAUCCGGAACUACAUGACUGAGCCCAUAUUCAAGAAUGCUCAUGAGUACCCUGCCGGCUCAGAAAAUUUCUUCUACACCGAUUUCAAGCAAGCCUUUGAGCAAUUCGUCUGCUCGAGUGGAACUGCCGAAAAGAACCGAGCAGCAGCAGGCCUUGUCUCGAAAUCUGUAUUACCGCGACCAGUCUUAUAUGCUGGCGCUCAGAAGACGCUCUUCAGUCAGGUGAAAUGCAACCCACCUAGACUGACAUUGUGGGCAAACAUUAUUCAAGGGGAAACAAGCACAUUUAGCGUCUUGAGGCUUUUCAAUCUUGAUAUGCCUGCCACGAGGGAUCUUUCGAUGGUAAUCAAGUAUCGAAAGCCGAAGACAUCUACUCGACUGCGAGUGUCGCUUCGACUCGAGGGCUUGGAUGUAGACGUUCCCAUGACGAGUGACGGAUGUGAGCAAACAACGAUGACUCGAGAUAUCCAAGCAGUUGAAGCAGGCAAAGGGCGAAUCACUGGGCUCUCACUGUGUGUGACAGGGUUUUCCGAGGUCACUGAGACCAACACCCUGCUCCUCGCCGAAAUCAUGCAAGUCUGUAUCCAACCAAGGAGCGGCAAGACCAGAAGCUAUUCAAUCUCCGACGUGGCACUGAGCGAAGUCAACGAGACGUGGACUUCUCUUUUGUGGAAGGUCAACACCGAAGGACUGGAGGAUGCUGGUUCCGAAGAUGAUGGACUUCCUCACAGCGAUGUUACAGGACCUUUCGAUUUCUUCGUCAUCAACAUAGAUGGCAGGGAAAUAGGAAGAGGGUAUUCACUAGACUACCUAUUACGAGACAUCGACGACGAGAUAUAUGUAAAGCUCACGGGAGUCGGAUAUGACGGCGAGGUGAAGUGCGUGUACACGGGCAGCUUACGGAAGUCACAACGGCGUUCGGAAGAGAGCUGGCAGCUGGUUUGAAGAGGCAACUGCUGUGGGCGCGAAGGUCCUUGAUGGUGUACAAAAGCACCCUGAGCUGCAACUCGAAAGUUCUGAAUGUCCUGCUUGAAAAACGUCACAAGUGCAGUCACAGUCUUUGAGUUUUGCUGAGGGUGACGAGUCUCAAGCUGAGCUCGAAGCUCCUCCCUGAAACGUUGACGAAGGGGGAAGUGGACAGCGCACGGACGCGUUUGGACAACGUGUCGAUAGCUGUUCGUUCAGUGCCAUGUAACAAGUUGCAUCUCCCUUCUUUGCUACUUUCGCUGUCAAUUCAUUCUGUGCCGUGUCACAAGCGCCCCAUCAGCGCAAACAAAGCCUGCAGGCAUCCUUCACUCAGACCCAGUCAGCACAA